AUGAAUUCCCUAUUCAACUCUGCUUUGAAGCAGUCGUCAUCUAUCCGUCGAGACCUUGAUACCUUCUCACAGUCCCCAGCCACCACUUCGCCAGCGUUACAAGGUCAGCUUGCUGCCUCUUUGGCAUCACUAUCCCGCACAGUUGACGACUACGCGGCUCUUUCCAAGAAAGAAUUGAUCGUCGAAAAACAACAAAAGGCCUUUGACCGAAUCAAGACCUUCCGCACCGAGCUUGCAGACUAUCGCACACUAUUUGACCGACUCCGCAAGGAGCGCGAGGAUGCACAAUCGGUAACAAACCGGAAUGAGCUCCUCGGCCGCCGCCCACACCAUGCCGCAACACCGGAGAACCCCUACGCACAGUCCUCCCUACCCCAGAAUUCAGCAUUUGCACCGACCUCCUCAGGUCUAAGCUUCGGCGCUGGCCCCUCAGACUAUAAUCGCGAAAACCAGGCUCUGCGUGAGCAAUCCUUCUUUUCCAACACAAACACCCAGCUAGAUGACUUCUUGGAUCGGGGCCGGGCUGUGCUUGCUGACCUAGGUGAGCAACGCGAGAUACUCAAGGGCACCCAGAGACGGCUUUAUAGCGUUGCGAAUACACUUGGUGUGAGCGGAGACACGAUCCGGAUGGUUGAGCGUCGUGCGCGACAAGAUAAGUGGAUUUUCUGGGGUGGAGUGAUCAUUUUCUUCCUGUUCUGUUGGGCUGUGCUACACUUCUUGCGGUAG